GUUCCACUCUGUUGUUGUCAUGAGUAGAACCAAAAAUCUCACGCUUCUCUUGUUCAUUUUCUCUCUUUUUUAGAAGUAAGCUUCGCAAUGUAUCUCCCUUUCCUAUUGAUGUUGAUAUCUCAAACUGUCGCUUUCAAUGCCCCGUCCGAUGUCCCAACUUGGUGCGGAAAGCCAUACAUGAGCACAAAUCACUCGUUAGAUCCAGGAGGACAGUUUAAAUUUCCAGAGCCUCAGCAUGAUCCGCUACUCUAUGUAACGAUACAGCCUCGAUACUCAAUUUUCCUUGAGAGUGACGAAGAAGCAACUUUCAUUGUUGAUGCCAGCAUAUCUCAUGUAUUUGGCGGAUCGUAUACAAAUACUACAUAUAAUACGCCUGGAAGCAAUAUUAGCUCGCCUUUCACGUCGCUUGAUAUUGAAAUUUACAACGAAGAGUCGGGUGCUUUACUUGUCACCAACAAGGUUCCUGUAAACUCAACUGGGAAUCUAAUUGAAUUUUCGUUUUCGUCGUUUACUGCACGAUUGCAGCCUUAUGCAGUCUCGCUAUAUGCUACUUCUCCCGACGGCCAACAAACUUACACUGCAAGCACUAAGGUCUAUUUCCUGCCACCACGUACAUAUGGCAGUGCUGUCAAAAUCGACAAUCUCUAUGGAGGACUCUAUGUUCAAAAUGAUAAAAAUGGUUGGGAUGGCUGGUAUGCUAUCUUUCCAAAUGGAUAUUACGCCGACGGCUCUUACGUAACACCCGACAACGUUUCACUGGCGAAUCUUGAGGCAUAUGCGGCACUCGGUUUCAACACCAUAAAUAUCGUACCAGACGGUGGUCUUCCGGAUCAAUCUUAUCCCACUGCACAACUCGUAGAAUAUUGGGAUAAAAUGGAUGAGCUGAACCUUUUCAAUCUCUACGAUAUGCGAUUUGCGUUCCAAAACUCAACGCGCAUUUCGGAACAAGUAGCUCUCUGGCAAAACAGAACCACUCUCCUCUCUUGGUAUACUGCUGAUGAACCAGAUGGAUGGGCAUAUCCUCUAAACUCUACACAACUUGCUUAUUCGCAACUUAAAUCACUGGACCCGUAUCAUCCCGUCAGUCUUGUUCUCAAUUGCCAGAAUUUCUACUACACCGAAUAUUCAGCUGGUGCAGAUAUAAUAUUUCAAGACGCUUAUCCGAUUGCGAUAAACGCCACUUGGUCCAUUACGUGGGGAACUCCUUGCAAUGAAACUUAUGGAGAUUGCGGAUGCGACAAUUGUGUCGGAGAAUUAGAGGAUGUAGCGACUCGACUUGAUGACAUCCAAAAUUACCAAGCAAAUAUAGGACCAGGUAGUCAGGGAGGCCUAGAUAAACCCACAUGGUCAGUAGUCCAAGCGUUUGGCGAAUCGCAGUAUUGGCAAAGUAUACCCAGUUCAGCGGAAGUAGAAUCUAUGAUGAUGUUGAGUGUGAAUCAUGAUGCAAAGGGACUUACAUAUUGGAUCUAUCCAAGUACAGAUUCUGCCAACGCUGGGAGUGCAAAUUUGGGCAAGGUGUUGCAAAAUUCACCUGCGAUUGAUUUCUUGUUUGAGACAAAAGCAAUCAAAGGACUGGGAAGUGGGUUGUUAGAUGUAAGUGCGUGGAUUGUAGGAGAGCAGAUGAUGGUUGGUAUUGUUAAUGGAGAGUAUGUUGGAUCCGUAGAUGAUAUCGUAAUAAGUUUGCCACGAGAUUUGGUAUCCUUAAAUCAGACUUUGUAUGGAGACUCUGGCUGGACCGUCAGUGAUGGAAAACUGUCGAAAUCGGGUUUGGCCGGGUUGGAAGUAGACAUCCUGGUGGUGAAUCUUAAAUCUGCCACUACUUUUUCCGGACAUGAUAGCGGGAGUGUCCACAGGGAUGAACUAUAGAUUAGACUAAAUUAGCUUUAUCAGUGUACCUGUCUAUAACAGUUAUCUUACUUGGCGUUUUGAUGUCUCAUACCUUCAUCCGCCAUCAGAAGAGACUGAUUCAGGAUAGCGCGCGACUAUUAGCAGAUAUGACUGCCAGUUUCACCGUAAUGCGUACAAAAUCAAAUGGUAAAUGUA